GUUAUUGUGACUGCCUGUGUAUUACUGGAACGGUAGUUUACCUCAGUCGUGUUGUGCUUGUCGCGCUUGUCCACACAACCAUGAGCCACGACGGGUGCCACGAGGUGGCCUGGAAGGGCCGGGCCUUCCCGUAUCUGAUGCAUCACUCUGGUUUUCAUUCUACGGAGAAUUACGGCUCACUCCGCGCUCGUGAAGGCCACUCCGACGGCCACGGUCACAGCAGCGGAUAUGGCUCUGGUGGACACGGUGCUUCGCACGCGCCACUGCCGUCGGAGCAGGGUGGCAGCGACGUCCACUCGCGGGCCGGCACGGGCACUUGGAACGGCCCCGCCCCCCGCGGCUACCGGGGCACAAACGCGGCGGCUCCCGCCCCCACCGGCCCCGUCAAGGAGCCCGACAGCGUGCGGCUGAGCAACGGCGUGCGGCUGCCCAUGAUCGGCUUCGGCACGGCCAUGAUCAAGGACCCGCAGGUCAUCAAGGACGCGUUGGCGCUGGGCUACCGCCACUUCGACUGCGCCUGGUUCUACGGCAACGAGGAGGUGGUGGGUGCUGGCCUGGCUGACUUCCUGGCGGCUGGCAAGCGCGACGAGCUGUUCAUCACCAGCAAGGUGUGGAACACGCACCACCGCCCCGCUGACGUCAGGAAGUCUGUGGAGGAGAGCCUGGCCAAGCUGGGCUGCGGCCACCUGGACCUGCUGCUGGUGCACUGGCCCGAGGCCUGGGUGGCGGGGUCGUCCAUGGAGAACCCGCAGCCCGACAACGAGGCGCCCAUCUCCGCCAUGUGGGGUGCCAUGGAGGCGCUGGUGGACGAGGGCAAGGUCAAGAGCCUGGGCGUGUCCAACUUCUCGCUCAAGCAGGUGGAGGAGCUGAUCGCGGGCUGCCGGGUGCGGCCGGUGGUCAACCAGGUGGAGCUGCACCCCAUGUGCUCCCAGCGCAAGCUGGUGGGGGUGCUGUACCGCAUGGGCGUGCAGUGCGUGGCGUACUCGCCCCUGGGCGGACAGAGUGCGGUCAAGCCCAACGAGCUGCUGCACGACGAGCGAGUGACGGCCAUCGCCAAGGAGGCCGGCCGCAGCAACGCACAGAUGCUGAUCAAGUGGAACAUCCAGCGCGGGGUGCCGGUGGUCGCAAAGACCAGCAAUGCGGAGCGGGCGCGUGAGAACCUGGAGGGCAUGUACGAGUGGAAGCUCAGCUACGAGCAGAAGGCCGUGAUUGACACGCUGGAUGUGGGCAAGCGCUUCAUCGACUUCCCCUGGAAGGUUUGGGCUGACCCCGAGGAGGGCGGUGUGGCCAAGCCCAGCAAGGUCAUGGGGUUGUGAGCGGCUGGGGGCCGCAAGCCAGACUUCGGACGGGGCUGAGGAUAUGGUGCGGUCCGGUUUUGUCAGGCUGGCAGGGGCGGGAUCCGGGACGACCGGGUAGGGGAGGGAUACCGCGCAGUCAGGAAUGGGGGGUGGGAGUGGGAGGUGGCGAUGAUGUUGACAGUGAAAUGUACGUGGCGGCUCACGGCUGAUAAAGGGGGACAGGCAGCACAGCGUGGAAGGCUGGAAGCAGUCAUGGGAAGUUGCGGUGGUGGAGGUACAGCGUCAGGGGCGGACCUCUAGGCUCACGCCCUUAGCGGGCUGGAUGGCUCACUGCGAGGCCACGGCGCUCUCAGACUUGGAAAUCGUGCUGGUUACGUGUAAGCACAUGGCGUGCACAAUGGCGUUGCCAAGCCGGCUGGCGGGCUGGGACGCGGCAUCUAAUGGACUUUGCGGCUUUGCCCCCCCCCCGCAUGAAUGUUGUUGCGUUGUGUGUGGUUACAAGGUGGUGAGCACGACGUGCAUUCCUGUGAAUGUGAAUGUCCCUGUGAAACCUACAGUGCUCUCCACGGGUGCGACAUGCCCCCACGGUAUUAGGCGCCCGCAUGAGCCUGCCCGACUUCCGCAUCAGCCUGCCCGACUUCUGUGAAACGAUGCCCAACAAUCUGCACACUUGACUGGGGCAUGCACGUUGACUCGUUGGGGCCCGUUGCCCGUGCUGGCAGCCGGCGUUGACGGGCUGGGCCGGCAUGGCAAAGGCAGGCUAUGUCCCCUUCCUCUGCAGUCUGCACUGCGACCUCGUACGUAGCACUUGUCGGUACAGUAACGCCGGCGUUCGACCAGCCAUGCACUUCUGCUCUGCCACUGCAAACUGUUUGCUGUCUGCUUACGGGUCUGGGCAUCGGCUGCACCCUACGGGACCUCGCCAACCUGCCUUGAACCCUGUCCCA